GGCUCGCGCCCCUCGGUUUCUGCUCCUGGCAGCUACCGUCGCCACGGUGGCAGCCACUGCGUAUCGUCCCACGUCCGCGGCCCUGGGCGCCCUGGUGUCAGCGGGUCCAGAGCCUAUGACGGGCCAGGGCCAGUCGGCGACUGGGUCGUCGGCGUGGAGCACGAUAUUCCGCCAUGUCCGAUACGAGAACCUGGUGGCGGGCGUGAGCGGUGGGGUGCUGUCCAAUCUCGCGCUGCAUCCCCUAGACCUCGUGAAAAUACGUUUCGCAGUGAGUGAUGGAUUGGAAUUGAGACCAAAAUAUAAAGGAAUUUUUCAUUGUUUGACUACUAUUUGGAAACUUGAUGGACUACGUGGACUUUAUCAAGGAGUAACCCCAAAUGUGUGGGGUGCAGGCUUAUCUUGGGGACUCUACUUUUUCUUUUAUAAUGCCAUCAAAUCAUACAAGACAGAAGGAAAAGCUGAACGGUUAGAGGCAACAGAAUACCUUGUUUCAGCUGCUGAAGCUGGAGCCAUGACCCUCUGCAUUACAAACCCAUUAUGGGUAGCAAAAACUCGCCUUAUGUUACAGUAUGAGAGUGAGGCUAACGCUCCACAGCGACAGUAUAAAGGAUUGUUUGAUACACUUGUGAAAAUACAUAAGUAUGAAGGUGUGCGUGGAUUGUAUAAGGGAUUUGUUCCUGGACUAUUUGGAACAUCACAUGGUGCCCUUCAGUUUAUGGCAUAUGAAUUAUUGAAGUUGAAGUAUAAUCAGCAUAUCAAUAGACUACCAGAAGCCCAGUUGAGCACAGUAGAAUAUAUAUCUGUUGCAGCAUUGUCCAAGAUAUUUGCCGUAGCAGCAACAUACCCAUAUCAAGUCGUGAGAGCUCGUCUUCAGGAUCAACACGUUUUUUACAAGGGUGUAUUAGAUGUAAUCACAAGGACGUGGAGGAAAGAAGGCAUCGGUGGAUUUUACAAGGGAAUUGCCCCCAAUUUGAUUAGAGUGACUCCAGCCUGCUGUAUUACCUUUGUGGUAUAUGAAAAUGUCUUACAUUUUUUACUUGACCUCAAAGAAAACAAAGUAAGCUAAAAGAGGAUAAUUCCAGUAUAUCUGCCCAAGGCAGUAACAUCUUCCUUUGUGUUUGAGAUGUAAAAUUCAGAAGAAUACUGCACAGCAACAUGGUUCAAAAUUGAAAGUUGUCUGUAAUUGGUAGAAGAAGUCGAAGAACUGCUAAGUUUUCACAGUGUCUUCUGCUUUUUGUCUUCCUGCGUGUAUGGGGCUUGGCUACCUCCUCCUGAAAUUGGUGCCAUCAACACAACGUUAAAACUGACAUCAGGCGUAGAGUUUCAUAAAUUCGUCCAUUUCAUUGUUCAAGUAGAAGUUGAUUUGCAACAUUUAGUAAAUGGGUUAGAUGAAUUUGCCUCUUUUUCUAAACUCAUUUGCCUGAAUUGGCUUUAAAAUUGACCUCUGUGCAAUAGUAAGAAGAUAACUGUGUCAAGGGUAAAUUAAGCUUUAAGAAUUAGGGGGAAAGUUGUUGCCCAAAUCCAGACAUUUUUACAAUCAGGAAAUUUUGGUAAGAAAUGGGCUUUAGCUUUAAUUUCAUUUGAGUGUACUAACUAGCGAAAUGUGGGAAAUUAUAGUAUUUCUUAAUUUAAAAAAUAUCUGACAUCUGUUGUCAUUCCAUUGCUAAUUUUUUUGUUUUCAGAGGGUCUCGCAUAAUUUGAAAUGUAUUCCUGGGUCUAGUUCAUGUGUUUUGACAUAGGCACUUAGUGUAUUUUAAGUAUCUAAGAUCUGAACUCCUUGGAUCCAGCUUUAUUGGCCCUUCCUUAGCAUGUAUGGCUAUAAAUCACUGAUUGGAGUUGCUAAUAGAUCCUGUUAUACAGCUGCUGGAAUGUUUGGGAUAUGUUUGUUGACAGACUAUGGAAAUGAGGCUAUAUUCCUUUUUAAAAAUACUCUCUUUAAGAUAUAUGGGUCCUGAUCCCAAAUAAAUGGUAAAUCUGUGUUGGUUACUCAAAUUCAGGUUUAGAUACAGAUUAUAUUAAUGGCCAUUAUUGAUUUAACUUCUAUGAGUCUUUGUAGAUAUCUAAAAUAUAAAGGCCUGCCAGAAUGCCAGAAAAAUAAUUAUAUUUUUAUUUAUCAUAAACGUGAAUGCUGUUGCACUACUAUUUGUUGUAAAUAAAAUAUUGUGGCUUUCAAAGCCAUAUUUCAAUGGUUCUUUGAAAAUAGGUCUAUUUUUUUAUAUUUUGAAAAUGAUAUUGUUUUUAAAAUAAAGAUGAAAUGAUAAAUACCUAGCUGUUUUUUCUAAAAUCUCUUAUGCAUAGGAAUGCUUUAUAAAUUAUGACUUUUUUUUCAUAUUUCUGGAUUAUAACUUAUGUGAAAUCCUGAUAUUGAUUCCUACAUGGAAAGGCAAACUGCAGUUGAUAUUUGGAAUUUCAGAGGUAGCACCAUUAUUUGAAUGCCUCCUUCGUACCCCACAAUUAAUAAAACAAUUCCUGUCCUCUCAGAGCAUGCCAGUUAACAGAAUGAAUAAAAUGUGCGUUAAAUGCGUAUAGCUUAGAUUAAGAAAAUGCAAGGAGAUUUCUACAGAGCCCUCUAGGAUUCUGGAUAAAAAGAACGCAUUUCACUCAUUCAACAACACACUUUCUGAGCUCCUACCCUGUGCCGGGCAGGUCUCCAAGCACUGACUACUGCAGACAGCACCUGUGCUCUGGUGAAAUUUUCGUUUUGGUAUGAGUGACAGACAACAAAUAUGUACAUAAUAUAAUUUCAGAUACUAAAAGUUAUAAAUAAAAUGAAAACAGAGUUGAAGAUAGUGAUGCUGUUUUAGUGGUUGGGAUCAGGAAAGACCUUUUUGAGGAGGUGAUAUUUAAAACAUUUUGAAAGGAGUGAGGAAGCAAGCCACAAAAAGCUAGAGAAAGAACAUUCUAGGCAGAGAAAAUAGAAGUGCAAAGACCCUGAGGUUCAAAUUAACUUGGCUAGAGGGGCAUAAGGAGCCCUGGUGGUGCAGUGGUUAAGCACUCAGCUACUCACUGACAGGUCGGCAAUUCAGAGGUUCUCGAGAGAAAAGACCGGCAAUCUACUCCUGUAAAGAUGACAGCCUAUGAAGCCCUGUGGGGUGGUUCUGCUCUGUCCCAUAAGGUCCCUAUGAGUUGGAAUUGACUCAGCGCCACACAGCAACAACAAAGGGAUAAUCGAGGACAGUGUCCAGAGAAGAGGUUGGAAAAGUAGCCAAUACAGUAUGAUGGUAAAAACACAAGUUUGGGAGCCAGACUGUCUGGUUUCAAAUAUCCCAUUUGCUGUCUGAUCUCAGGCAAAUCACUUCAUCUCCCUAUCUCAACUUUCCUCAUUUAUAAAUGGUGCCUUGGAUCAGUUCUUUUGAAGCAACAUCUGAGAUGGGGAUUCUUGGGCAAGUGAUUUAUUGAAGGAAUGCUCUUAUGAGAACUCUGCGAUGAAGCAAAAAACCAAAACAAAAUAAAAAACCAGGAUAGGGCAGGGGAAGAGGUUUCUGGGGAAAUGCAGUCUCAGCCUGGUCAUACGGAGCACUCUGCAGUGGGAAUUGCACCACAGACAUUGUCCUGCCUUUCAGGCAAG